GUAGCUUUGUUUCGUGCAUUUAGCAUUAUCAUCGCGUCGAAUUGCGGGCCCUAAUUUCCGCAUAGAUUAUCCCUUUUACAAGUUGGGUACUUGGGUUGCUCUGCACUGAUAUCAGAUCGAUGGCAGUGGAAUUGGGGAGACAGACCGAGACAUCCGUCGUUGAUCAGCUAAAUAGUGUCACGGAGAUGGAAAAGCCGGUUGGAAGUCGGCCAGUUUGGGGUGAAAUUGAGCUAGCCGAAAGUUACCUAGUUUGCUCUAUGUUUGAAGAUGCAUCAUCAUCAGCUUCUUCAGUUCUUAAACGUUUAUGUGACAAAGAACACAUGAACACAGUUGUAGAUGAUGAUAUUGAGCUUAAUGACAUGCUUGAAUCAGCUGGUAUGGUGUUUGUGCAGUCCUUGAAGGAACUUGGAAGGACAUUGGAAAUAAUAAGUGAGUUAACUCAGCUGUUCGAUUCACUUGCUGCCAUUCCAAUCCAAGUUUUCCUUGCUGGGGUAUGUUUUCAGAUGCAAGAAGACCCUCAAGGGGCUCAAAAAAAUCUUGAGGAAUUUUUAAGCAAAUGGAGAUUUGUGGAUGAAAAAAUAUUAUAUUCUAGCAAGUUUAGAGAAAAAAACAAAUACAACAUCUUACAUGGAAGGAUGUGGCAAUCGAUUUGCAUAAAUCUUGCAAUUUCUUGGGUUGAGAAAGCUGCAUUACCCGAGCAUAUACGCCAGGAGCUUUUACGGCGUUUACAUUCCAUUCACUCUUCCAAGGAUACAGGAUCACAAGCCUCCACGUCAGCAUUGGUAACAGACGAAAAUGUAACCUCAAGAUCUUCAAAAACCUUGGAAUCCGUGAAACAAGUCGAUGCAAAACAAGCAAUUUUAAGAUAUUCCGGACAACGUGUUCCUACAUUAUGGUGGUUCCGGACCCUUAAUGUAAAGUUUGGUGGGGUCCGGUUUGCAGUAUCAAAUGGAAGUAUCUUGAUCACGAUUUUGAUGCUUCUCACAUACUAUUAUAUGAGAAGGAAGAAAUAUACGAUAACAAGUAUUCUCAAAAAACAGGCCUUGUUUGUGAAGAAAUCUGUGAUAGACUUAUGGCAACUUGCAUUUUCAUACCAACCAUCAUUGUCCAUAAUCCAUUGCUUUUCCGGUGGGCGCGCACUUUCCGUGCGCGCACCACUGCCAAUCUCCGCCAUUGUCAUGACGGUGGCCCAUGCUUAUGCCCACCUUUUUCAUGUUCUCAUUUGUAUUUCAAUCCUCCACUAUGUAAAUAGUUCGGAAUCCGACACCCUUCUUGAAUUCAAGAAUUCUGUUACCAAUGGCAACAAGCUAACCACUUGGAACCCCUCCACCAUCCCAUGCAAUGGCAACAAACCCAAUUGGGAAGGUCUUCUUUGCACCAACGACGCCAUUUCGGGUAUAAGACUUGAGGGCAAAGGACUCGGUGGCAUCAUUGACAUGAACAUCUUGAUAAAAUUGCCUUCUUUGAUAACGAUAAGUUUUCAAAACAAUAGUUUUGAAGGAGAAUUCCCGGAGUUCAAAAAGUUACGUGGAUUAAGAAGUAUUUUCUUGACAGGCAACAAGUUCUCCAGAGAGGUUCCUUCGAACGCUUUUGAAGGGAUGAGGAGGCUCAAGAAGCUUUAUUUAGCGGAUAACCAUUUCAAAGGUCGAAUCCCUUUCUCACUAACCACAUUACCAAGGCUAAGAGAUUUGAUGCUCCAAAAUAAUCAGUUUGAAGGUGCGAUACCCGUGUUUGUCAGUGAUAAAUUAAUGAUCGUAAACUUUGCAAACAAUCAUCUCCGAGGUACUAUUCCGAAACGCCUUCAAAAGUUUCCCGCAAGUCAAUUUUCUGGUAACAGCGAGCUAUGUGGACCACCAUUGAAGAAGUGCACGGCGGAGAUCCCCACCAGCACGAUCAUCUUGAUAGCAUCGGUGGUGGUUGCAGCGUUGGCGGCGAUCACUUUAGCUUUCUUAAUCCUGCGACACUUUGGCACAUCUGCAAAAGAUUCCUUUCAAGUACCACCAACUUACGUGAAGGGAACUCCAUCUGAUCACCAUGAUAAGAUGGAGCAAGGUCGUGGUAAAACCGCAGCCAAGAAGAUUGAUUCAUCCCACAAGUUGACAUUCUUCAGAAACGACAUAGAAAAGUUCGAUUUGGCAGACCUGUUAAAGGCGUCGGCGGAGAUACUUGGUGGUGGGGUGUUCGGAUCAAGUUACAAGGCCGCUCUCACUCGUGAAAAAGUGAUAGUGGUGAAGAGGUUUAAGCACAUGAACAACGUUACAAACAAUGAGUUUGUGAAGCAUAUGAGAAGGUUAGGUAAGUUGAAUCACCCUAACUUGGUACCACUUAUCGCAUUUUACUAUCAAGAAGAAGAGAAACUCUUUGUUGCGAACUACGUUCAAAACUUCAGCUUAGCUGUUCAUCUUCAUGGAAGGCGAUCUAACGUAAGACAAACACUGGAUUGGCCUACUCGGUUGAAGAUCGUGAAAGACUACGGAUUGGUUCCUAUAACAAACCAAGAACAAGCACGAGAUGUAAUGAUCUCUUUUAAAUCACCAGAGUACAAGCAACAUGGACGUAUUACAAAGAAGACAGAUGCAUGGAGUCUUGGCGUGUUGAUUCUAGAGAUCAUGACAGGGAAGUUCCCAGCAAACUCGUUCCAACAAAGCAAAGGUGGCGACACAGAGCUUGCGAACUUCAUGGACUCAAUGAUGAAGGAGGAACCGACGAGUGACGUAUUGGAUAAAGAAAUGGGAGGGUUUGAUAAGCGUAAUGAAGGGCAGAUGUUGACGUUGUUGAAUAUAGGAUUGAAUUGUUGUGAACCUAACAUAGAAAAGAGAUGGGACAUUAAAGAAGCUGUCAACCGGAUCGAGGAGGUGAGAGAAAAGAAUGAUGAAGAUGACAACAUCAAACAUUCAAAAAGAUGA